AUGUUUAAAAUUAUUGUUUUUCUGAUAUUUUGUGUCACAGCAACAUUUGGAACGUCAACCUCAAAACCAGUCUAUUGUGGAGACACACCAGAUAAGCUACUAUCAUGUUUAAAGAACCCGCACGUCGUGUCCCAGGAUGUGAUCUCUAGUUGCAACAAUGAUCAAAUCACUGAAUGCGAUGUGAUGACUUGCGCCUUCCGUAAGUACAAAUGGCUCAAGGCCGGGAAGAUUGAUAAACCAAAAGUGGUGAGCCACUUCAACCAGCUGGCUAAAGAUAAGCCGGAGUGGAAGACUGUUCUCGAGUACGCGAUAACGAAUUGCGUGGAGCGUGACCUGCCACCACAAGGAGUGUACCUUGGCUGUCCAGGUUAUGAUAUCCUACACUGUGUACUAGUCAGCUUCAUAAAGAAAACCGACGCAGCCCAAUGGGACUCAUCACCAAGCUGCGAGUACCCACGCCAAUACGCCGGGGCCUGUCCCGUGUGCCCCAGUGACUGCUUUGCGCCCGCGAUACCCUAUGGAUCCUGUAACGCCUGCUACGCCGUCGCUCCUGCUGCUUAA